CACCCACGGAACCCCAGCAGCGACGCCACUCCACGCGAGAACUGCAAGCACGCGCCAGCCGUAUAUUAAUUUAGCCACGCCCCACGCGAUGAGCUCCAAAUAGUGCUGCGCGCGGGUCAACAAUCUGCACGCGGAAAGAGCAAGCCAGCCAGCUCCACAAACCCCCACACUCCGCGACACGACACGCCGCCGCCGACAUGCGCCGCGGUGACUGACAACAACGACUACAGCAACAACAAAUCUUGGUAUUAAGCACACCCGCCUAGCUAGACACUAGGUGCCACCAGCCAUGAAGUUUGGCAAGGAGUUUCAGCACCUGCUCGAGGCGUCCGACUUUCCAGACGACUGGAAGCACUCGGCGAUCGAGUAUGGCAAGCUCAAAAAACUCAUCAAGAAUGUCGCCGCCGAGCUCGAGGGCAUGGGGCUGCCUCCAGAAGUGCUGCACAAGCUGCUCGUGACGGAGCAGGGCGGGGCGGCGGCCCCGGGGGUGGCGGCGGCGGCGGGAGCGGGGCCAGCUGCAGCUGGCCCUUCCUCCGCUGCCGCCUCUGCCCCCGCAGCCACGAUCGAAGAGCUCGACGACGCCGACGACAUGUUCGAGUUCGAGUUUGAAUCCACGUCGCUCUCGCCCGAGGUGGGGAAGACGCACAAGCACAGUCCGAAAGAGGUGCUCCUGGACCCCGUGUUCGACGAGGACGGCGACGACGAGGAAGAGGCGGCGGGGAGUCUGAGUCACCACCAGGCCGGAGGCUCGCUCGCGCCACGAAAGUUUCGGCUACGACUCGUGUCCGAUGCCGAGGGCGCGGCGGGCGGGACGCCGGGCACGACGCCGCCCACGCGCCCGAUGAGCGUGACGGGCAUGCUGCGGACCAUGUCUGACAGCGAUUCCGUGCGCCUCGGGGCCGAGGAGCGCGCCGCGAGCCCCGCGUCGCACCAUCGCGUGAUCAAGCGCGCCGAGGGCGUGAAGGCGGAAUACGUGCUCGCAGGGGACGAGAAGCACCCCGUCCCGCAGAUCCGCCUGCACGUCGCGCACCUCGACGCGGGCAGCGGCGUGAACACGCCGGAGCGGAGCGACUCGACGCCGCUGUACACGACCGACACGGACUCUGGGGACGAGAGCAGCGACGCGUUCGCCGCGCUCGCGGAGGGCAUGAGCCCCAGCACGCUCAAGACGCCGCGCGCCGCCGCCGGCGAGCCCGCGAUCCCGCCCAGCCCGACGCUCAGACACAUGCGUACGAUCGCCAGCCCCAUCUUCGCGCUCGCGUCCGGCGCCAACCUACAGGACGGGAUGGGCAAGCUCUCGCUCGGCGAGGCGAUGGGCGACGAGGAUAUCGACGGGAUCGGCGUCGAUGGCGCUGGCGUACGCGCUGAUACGGAGCUACCGCUCGUGGCGCCGGUCGCGCGCGCGACGAUACACGAGCUCACGUCGACUGAGAGCUUGACGCCGAGUCUGCUAGCUUCUGCGCCCGCCGUGGCUGCACGCGCGGCCUCGCCGCCGCCGACCAGACCGCCGCUAGUCGCCGGGUCGGGCUCUGAACGCGAGUUCAUCAUCCCGCUGCACUCGGACGAGGCGUUCUUCAACGUCCUGACGGCGGCGCUGCGCUCGCUCUCCGAGUUCCACAAGGAGCAGCAAGAGCAGUUCCGCAAAGCGACGUUGGCGCUGUGUGCCAUGAUCUCGGCGAGCAUCCAGCCCGGGGACGGGGUGAUGGUGCUGCCCACGCCGCUGAAUUCGAGCCCCGUCGACGGGCUCGUCAAGUACGAGUACCACUCGAGCACGCCGUCCCAGAAGGACCUGUACGCGUGGCGCGAGAUUUUUAGCUUGUGGAUCGAGAGCGAGAUCUUCGAGUCCCAGGCGGAGCGGGACAGGGGCGAGCGCACCGUCGACGAGGCCGAGCGCCGGCUCAAAAUCUUCGCCAACGAGGUCGUCAAGCGCGGGUUGGGCGACCGGCGCUCAAUCAAGGGCAAGAAGACCCGCAAGGCAUGGGACGAGUUCCUGCGCCUCAAUGUGCUGUUGCUCGACCUCAAGCGCUUCCAGACGGCGAAUAUCGACGCCGCGCGCAAGAUCCUCAAGAAACACGACAAGCGCACCGCAUUGACGGCGAGCACUGGCCUGUCGGCGUUCGUGCGCCAGACGCUCUCGGCGCACACGAGCGCCGACGGCAAUGUGACCACUUGGGUGUUUUACAACACGAGCCUGCCGCAUGUGCUCUUGGCGAGUUUGACGGAUACCCUCCUGCCCAUCCUGCCCAGUCUCGACGACUACGCAUGCCUCAUCUGCAUGUCGAUCGCGUUCAAGCCCAUCCGCCUGACAUGCGGGCACCUGUUCUGCGUGCGCUGCUUGGUCAAGAUGCAGCAGCGGAGCAAGGAGAACUGUCCGCUGUGCCGUGCGCCGAGCGUGCUGCUGGCCGACAAGUCAUGCCUCGACACCGCGCUCAUGAACUUUAUGAAGGACUGGUUCCCCCGCGAAGUCAAAGACAAGCAGAGGGAAAACUCGGACGAGAUUGCAAAGGAGAGCGUCGAGGCCGCCGGGAUGGACCACCGGUGUGUGGUCCAGUAGAUAUAAUCCUCUUUGGGUCUUUGGUAUUUUGGUCUAUAAUGGGGAGAUGGGGAAUGCAGCAAGGUGUUGCGUGGGUCAGUUUGGUGUGGGUGGCAGCUCGUCAACAGUCAGUGGCACCGCUGAUGUCGUUGUCGACGUCGAGCCAGACGAGGUCAGUCAAUCC